GCUUGCAUUCAAGAUGUCGGCGGUGUCAAUGUACCCCAUGUGUGUUCUAGCGAGCCGGGGCCUCCUCCGGUUGAGGAAAGGAGUCAGGGGCCCUUUAGCCCCGGCGGUGUUAGAGUUGGGUAGAGCACUCUCGGCCGAUAAGUCGGCAGGAGGAGAAAGGAGCGCCACGGGGGUACUGGCUCAAGCAAUAUUACAAGAGAGACUUCAGAAGCAACAGAAGAGCCAGGAACAGACUCCUCCUGUGGGAGAGGGCAGCUGUGACCAGAAGAAGAAUGACCAACAUGAGGACACAAAGCAGAAAGAAAACACAGCAUAUGCGAAGAAGGUUGUCCUUCGCUUGGCAGGAAUCAUGGGACUUGGUGGAGCAGUGGGUGUGGUGUACAUAUUCGGUAGCAACUCUGUGGAUGAACACGGAAAUAAGAUCCCAGACGAGUUUGAUAAUGAUGUUCCAGUUAUCCAGCAGCUCAAACGAGCCUUCAAAUAUUUUAAAGACUACAGACAGAUGAUCAUUGAGCCCACAAGCCCCAAGCUGCUCCCAGACCCACUGAAGGAGCCGUACUACCAGCCUCCAUACACCCUGGUGCUCGAGCUCACUGAUGUCCUGCUGCAUCCAGAAUGGUCGUUAGCCACUGGCUGGCGUUUUAAGAAGAGGCCGGGUAUAGAUUACCUGUUUCAACAGCUUGCUCCCCUCUAUGAGAUCGUCAUCUUCACAUCGGAGACGGGCAUGACGGCCUAUCCCUUGAUUGACAGCAUUGACCCUCAGGGCUUUGUCAUGUACCGCCUCUUCCGGGACGCCACGCGCUACGUGGAGGGCCAUCAUGUCAAGGACGUGUCUUGUCUGAACAGAGAUACAUCUAAAGUGAUUGUAGUAGACUGCAAGCGAGAAGCUUUCAGCCUGCAGCCCUUUAAUGGCAUGGCCCUGCGCAAGUGGGAUGGCAACUCUGAGGACCGCACGCUCUAUGACCUGGCUGCUUUUCUGAAGACAAUCGCAGUGAGUGGUGUGGAAGAUGUUCGUAGUGUGCUGGAAAACUAUGCUCAUGAAGAGGACCCCAUUGAAGCCUUCAAAAAGAGACAAGCACAGCUGGCACUGGAGGAGGAGCAGAGGCUGACAGAGCUUUCUCAACACAAGAAGCAAGGCUUAUCUUUUGGCUCCAUCGCAGGCCGCUUCUGGUCACGCAAGCAACAAUGAGAACUGUUCUCACUCAGGGCCACCAAUCACAGUCCACCGUGAACAGUGACUGGCCAAUGGGAGGUAGCCAUGGUUGCUGCACUGGACAGCACAUCUGGGCGCAUGGGAGGGAGGUGACAGACGGAAAGAGGCAGAAGGCGGGUUGGGGAGGAGGGUGGGGGUGACUAAAAUAAAACAUGAAGACAUCUACUGAAGAUGUUCCGUAGCCAUUAGAAAGGCUUUGGCUAGACUGCAGACACACCCUACAGCCUUCACUCAUCUGAUCUCAUUUGUUUUGUUCGUAACUGAUGUUCGUCUGAAAAUUGUUCCAAGAGGAGGACUACAUUUGGAUUUCUUUUACUCCACUUCCCAGCUCACUCAUUAUUCCUACUCAUACCGAAGAGCAACCCCUUGUAUUGGAUACACUCUCAGCUGAGGG